AUGGAUUUAAAAGAACUGGAUAUCAGCUUCAAAGGCCAAACCUACAGGUCAACGAGUGUCAACAAGCUGCAAUUAAUGUUUAAGAAGCCCGAAACGUACUGGCCAACACGAUGGAUCGGCGGCGCAUCGUUGACACUCGUACUGGUCGUGUGGUUCGGCGUGUGUUGUGCGGCCGUGGCGGGCAGCGUUCUAGGCGACGGCGACGGCAACGUGCUCCACAUCGGCGGAAUCUUCCCGAUAGCGGGCGAGGGCGGCUGGCAGGGCGGACAGGCCUGCAUGCCGGCGGCCAACCUUGCGCUCGAGGACGUCAAUGCCCGCAAGGACCUGCUGCCCGGAUACGUGCUCAAGCUGCACAGCAACGAUAGCGAGUGCGAACCCGGCUUGGGCGCCAGCGUCAUGUAUAAUCUUCUCUACAAUCAGCCCCAGAAGUUGAUGCUGCUCGCUGGAUGUAGCACCGUUUGCACAACGGUGGCCGAAGCGGCCAAAAUGUGGAAUCUCGUGGUGUUGUGCUAUGGUGCCAGUUCGCCCGCCCUCUCCGAUCGCAACCGCUUUCCGACCCUUUUUCGCACCCACCCGUCAGCCACUGUUCACAACCCCACGCGCAUAAAGUUGAUGAAGAAGUUUGGCUGGUCGCGCGUGGCCAUCCUGCAGCAGGCCGAGGAGGUUUUCAUAUCGACGGUCGAGGACCUGGAGGCGCGCUGCACGGAGGCAGGCAUCGAAAUUGUGACACGCCAAAGCUUUUUGUCAGACCCGACGGACGCUGUCAGGAACUUGAGGCGUCAGGACGCCCGCGUAAUUGUCGGUCUGUUCUACGUGGUUGCCGCAAGAAGGGUGCUUUGCGAGUUGCACAAACAGAAUCUCUAUGGAAAAUCAUAUACUUGGUUUUUUAUCGGUUGGUACGAAGACAAUUGGUUUGAGCAAAACUUAGAGAAAGAGGGCAUCGAGUGCACGAGGGAGGAGAUGCGACGCGCCGCCGAGGGUCAUUUGACCACCGAGGCGCUCAUGUGGAACCAAAACUUGAACGAGCGCACUAUCUCGGGAAUGACGUCGGAAGACUUUAGAUUACGGCUUAAUAACGUUCUUAGAAGGGAGGGUUACGACAUCGACAACCAACGAUAUCCGGAAGGAUAUCAGGAGGCUCCUUUGGCGUACGAUGCCGUCUGGUCUGUUGCUUUAGCUUUUAAUAAAACAAUGGACCGCCUGCACAAAUACGGGAAGAGUUUAAAAGAAUUUAAUUAUAACAAUAAGGAGAUAGCGGAUGAUAUUUAUUCAGCCAUCAAUUCAACUCAAUUUUUAGGAAUUUCGGGAUUCGUAGCAUUUAGUUCACAAGGAGAUCGUAUUGCAUUAACUCAGAUAGAACAAGUAAUAAACAAUACCUACGUGGUGCUGGGCUAUUACGAUACACAGGCAGAUAAUCUCACAUGGUUUGACAGAGAAGUUUGGAGUGGUGGUAAAGUACCUCAGGAUCGAACUAUAAUAAGGAGAGUAUUAAGAACAGUUUCCUUGCCUCUCUUUAUUUGUAUGUGUGUCAUAUCUAGCAUAGGAAUAUGUGCAUGUAUCGGACUUAUAAUUUUUAAUGUUUGGAAUAAUCACAGAAGGGUGAUCCAAUCAUCGCAUCCCGUGUGCAACACGAUUAUGUUGUUCGGUAUUAUAGUUUGUUUGACUUCGGUUUUCCUUCUCGGUUUAGAUGGUAGAUUUGUUACCCCAGGUGCCUAUCCUAUAGUAUGUCAGACACGAGCGUGGUUUCUCACCACCGGCUUUACUCUCUCUUUUGGUGCGAUGUUCAGCAAAGUAUGGAGAGUUCAUAGACUUACCACUAAGGCUAAAAGUGAUCCCAAAGUGAGAACGAAAAAGGUGGAACCUUGGAAACUGUACUCAAUGGUAUCUGGUUUGCUGGUAAUAGACUUAAUAAUAUUGUUGGCGUGGCAGUUGUUGGACCCACUUCAGAGAAGGGUCGAACUGUUUCCCUUAGAAGAUCCGUUUAACUCGGCCGACGAUUCAAAGAUAAGGCCCGAGCUGGAACAUUGCGAAAGUCAUAACAAUAAUGUAUGGCAAUCGAUAAUAUAUGCUUACAAAGGCCUUAUUCUGAUUUUUGGAUUAUUUUUGGCGUACGAGACAAGAUCGCUCAAAGUGAAGCAGAUUAAUGAUUCAAGAUAUGUUGGCAUGAGCAUUUACAACGUGGUUAUAUUGUGUUUGAUAACUGCGCCAGUAACGAUGGUGAUUGCCAGUCAACAGGAUGCCAGUUUUGCUUUUGUGGCAUUAGCAAUAGUAUUCUGUUGCUUUCUCAGUAUGGCUCUUAUAUUUGUGCCUAAGGUUAUUGAAGUUAUAAGACAUCCACGUGAUAAGGCUGAAAGUAAAUACAACCCAGACGUGGGGAUAUCCAAGGAAGAUGAAGAAAAAUAUCAGAAAUUGUUAAACGAAAAUGAAGACUUGCAACGACUGAUAACUCAGAAAGAGGAAAAAAUCAAGCUGUUAAAAGACCGGUUGACGGAGAAGGAGGGUGGCAGCAAAGGUGGAUUGUCUCCUUCCGGUAUCACGCAAGAUACAAAAGACGAGAGAAUAUAGUCCACAAUCUCACGAAGAACUUAUUGACUAAGACUUCAAUCGGUAGGUAUACAAAAAAAUUUGGGAAUUUACAAAAACCUAAUCACUCACUACUUUUGCUUUUACUUACCUGCAAGGUACUCAAUAAAUGCACAAAUUCCUAUAUUUUCCAAAAUGAUUUAACUUAUAAAGAAAAGUUAAAAUGAACGGAUGUUUUACAAAUAAUACAACGAUUUAGAAACAAAGAAGAAUCAUAAAGAAUCUUUACAAAUCUCUUCAUUUAAAAUUUUCUUUAAAAAGACAAUAUAACAAUUAAUCUAGCAUAAGUACUUACCUAAAAAAUACAUAGGAUGUUUUUU